AACAUAAAUUGCAGUCCCCAAUAUUCCUGCCCAGCUGUUUCUAAGACUGAGAGGUGGAUAAGCUAAGGAGGUGCAUUUGAUCUCCCAGGACGAGGAUCCGAAGGGGAAAAGAGAGAGAACCCCAGGUGCAGGAUGCAGUUCGGUCCACACUCCAUCUUUAUCCUAAUGCUCAGUGGGCUUCACUUCAUUAACUGUGAGCCAAUAGCAAAAGACUCACCCACUACCUUCCAGAGCACCACCAGCACAUCCACUCCUGGCUCAGCCAACACCCCCUCUACCCCCUCUACUCCUGGCCCAGUCAGCGACAUGGCCACAUCACCCGCCAACACCACCAGCACGUCCACUAAAGGACUAACCAACAAUGCCACUAUGUUGCCAGCUAACAAUGCUACUGCUUCUACUUCUGGCCAAGCUACCAACACAGCCAAAGUCAUUCAAGGUCAAACCAACACCACCUCAUCUUCUUCUGGCCAAGCUACCAACACAGCCAAAGUCACUCAAGGUCAAACCAACACCACCUCAUCUUCUUCUGGUCAAGCCACCAACACAGCCAAAGUCACUCAAGGUCAAACCAACACCACCUCAUCUCCUUCUGGCCAAGCCACCAACACAGCCAAAGUCACGAAAGAUCAAAUCAACGCCACUUCAUCUUCUCCUGGACAAGCCACCAAGACCACAGCCAGCCAGAACAAUGGCACUACAAGCGCUUCUCAAAAGAAAACAACCAGUAUUGCUGUAUUCCCAACUUCUUCCUUUUUGGGAUUUGCAUUGCUUGCCGUUUCUGUACUCUGCCUGUAAGGAAGUAUUUCUCUGCUGUAC